AUGGCCGAGUUCUUGAUCAAAGAGGAGGAGUUGACGGGCCUCAAGGGGAAGGUUGUAAUCGUCACAGGAGGCUCAUCAGGCAUCGGCCUAGCCGCCGUGGAACUCUUCCUCUCCCUAGGCGCGUCAGUUAUCAGUGGCGACCUCAACCCACCAGACGAGCCCCCAAGCACUCCCUCCGCUACCUUCACGUUCCAGAAAACAGAUGUAACCAUCUGGGUUGACUUGAUCGCCCUGUUCAACCAGGCUAAAGACCUCCACGGCCGCAUUGACCAUGUGUUCGCCAACGCCGGCACCGGUCCCCAGGCGAACUACCUAGCCACCGACUUGGACGAGAACGGCGACCUCAAAGAGCCCACGCACGCACUACUGGAUGUCAGCUUGAAAGGGGCCGUGAAAACGGCUACGCUUGCCAUGUGCCACAUGCGCCAACAGCUCGAGGGCGGCAGUAUCGUUAUUAACGGCUCCAGCACGCCCCUGGGGCGUCUCCGGGCCGUGGACUACGGUGAGUACAAGGUCACGCCCCAGAUCUACCUUUCAUCGAACAAACACACACUCUCUACCCCGAAAGUGGCGAAUCACAACUUACAAUGCGCGCCCACAGUCACAGCCAAAGGCGGCAUCCUGAGCCUCGGCCGGGGCCUCGUACCCCUCCUCGCCGCAGCGGCGGGGAACCUCCCCCCGAUCCGCGUCAACACGCUGGCGCCGACCUGGACCGACAGCGGCGUGCUGCCGGACCUGAAGGGGAUGAUGCAGCGCAUCGAAGUGGAGCUCCAGCCCGCGGCCGCCGUCGCGCGCGCGGCGGCGCUGCUGAUGGCGGACGGCGCGAGGCACGGGCAGCUGGUGUACGUCGAGCGCGGGCGGUACAAGGAGAUAGACGACGCGGUGCUGCUGCCGGCUGAGGAUGGGAUUAGGGGAGUGACUACCCGGCUGAUGAUGAGGUGUUGCGGAGGCUGA